AUGAAAAUCCUGAUUGAGAAUACCGUUUGGAGAGCGCUUCGUCUGAUUGUCGAUACCGGUCUGCAUUAUCGAGGCAUGAACAGAACUAGAGCACUGUGGUACUUCUCGGAAUAUGCCUGGGACAGCUCCGACUUGGCGCAGAAAGAGAUAACUCGUUACCAGGGCGUUCCCGGUCAAGCGACCGCGUACAUGUUGGGUCAGCAGAAGCUCGUGCAGCUCCGGGGGUACGCGAAAAAGAUGCUCAACGAAUCGUUCAACAUUCAAGAUUUUCAUUACCAGGUUCUGUCGCAAGGCUCGGCACCCGAAGCCUAUCUUCAGAAACACGUAACAAAAUACGUGCAAUGCAGUCUGGGAAAACUAAAUGGUACAACGUGUGACGUAAUUUUGAAACCGCCGAAAAAGACUGCCACCCAGAGCGUUGCGGACGAGGGACCUCCCCAGCCUCCCAAACGUCAUCACUAUUAAAGAGUUUUAAUGCUUUCUUAAUCCGAUAGGAACGAUUGUAUAAAUUGAUCUCGUUCAAAAUUUUAAUCAUUACGUAAUUGUAGUCACUGAUCUGCAAACCAGACCUGGAUAGUCCUAGCAUACUUUUCAAAUGCAUUGACCAAUUUUACGGAGAAAAUAUUUUAAACCAUUGACGACGGUCAAAUUUCGGCAUUGUUAUUUUAAUGUUUUCGUAGAAUGUGUUAGUGCAGCGGGCGAAAUCAUUUCUAAUGAGCCAAUCUAGUUCACUUCUGAUGGAUGUUAUAGUCUGUUGUCUUGCAGUAUAUAUGGGCAGCAAAUCGACCAAAGCCAAUGCAUUAUUGCUUUAUUGAUAGUAGACUACAUUACAUACGUCAGAAGUGAAUUGGUUUCCACAUAAUGGAUCACAGAUUGAUCAGACCUUGGUUA